AUGCAGAAGGUGGUACAGCGAAGGAUAGCUGCCGAGCACCAGGCUUUGCGCCGUGCCGCAAAGCAAAAGAGCAAGGUCGACAAUGCAAAGGAAUGGAAUGCGCGCUGGCAGGCCAUGAGCAGAGGCAAGCAGGAGGGCAUCUACUUCAAGGCCGAGAAGCACCGCAGACGCGAGGAAUAUGAAGUCGGCCCUCAACUCGCCCCCAGACGCGAUACUGGCCAACACAAGGAAACCUACGGAACCGUCGACCCCAAUGUCAUCCAGGUCCCCAAGCUCCACUGGACCCAGUACAAGAACUUCAAGUCCGACUUUGCUGUCGGCGACAGAGUCCUGGUCAUCAAGGGCAAGGAUGCUGGAAAGGUCGGAAACGUUUCGGAAGUCUCGGCUGAGUCUGGCUUCCUGCGUAUCAUCGAGUUGAGAAAGGCCGACUUUCACGUACCCGAAUACGUACGCAAGGAGAACAAGGACAACCGUUCGAUUCUGCAACAGUCAAUGCCCGUUCCCUGGGACCACGUCAGGCUCGUUUUCCCUCUUCGCGAUCAAACAACCGGCCACUUCGAAGAUGUCGUUCUGGACAAAGUCGACGUGCGCAAUGCUGGAUGGGUAGAGCGCAGGUCCGGUCUCCGCGAAUACAACAAGGGUCAACGUUUCCUUCCUGGUGUCAAGACUCCUCUACCAUGGCCCAAAAACGACGAAGCCGAAAAAGCAGAGGGCUACGACGACGACACUUUGCGUAUCUCCGUCGACGAAACCACACACCGUCCUUACUUGCUCCAACCCCCUAUGCCCCCGUCAGUCAUUGACGAGCUGAGAAACAAGUACUCCAUUUUCCGCAGCCGUCACGAGCCCGAAUACAUCGCCAAAAAGGAGGACCAAGAUCGCGCCGCCAAGCACAGAGAGAACCUCGCCAGUCUCGUCUCCACCCCUCUUGCCGAGCUCAAGGAGCAAAGGCGACAGGAGAGACUCGCAAACCCCGUCGAACUGUCCGAGGAACAGCUCGCAAGAAUCGGAGAGGUCAUGGCUCAGGAGAAGCAAAACGCCAUCAACAAGCUCUCUCAGCAAUAA